AAACAAUGCAAAAGAAUAUGCUAAAUCAUUACGAACCUACAUUUGCUGUUCAGGCUCUUCCCCUUUUCUCACAUUUUCUAUUUUUUAAUCAUUUUUCCUUUUAUUUAACUUUUUUUGCAAAGAAUUUUGGCUUUUAAUUUUACUUAUCAUCAUUAUAAUAACUUUGUUCAGGGGGCAAAGAGCUACAGAAAAGCCAAGGAAGGUUCUUUUCUGCAUCAAAUCCUAUUCUUUAAUAAGUGCAUAUCAAGUUUUCAACUUUCUGCUCUUUUUCUUUCUUCUUUACUCUAUUUUCUACCAAUUUCCACUUGUUUAAAGGUUUUCUGUAUUGGGUUUUUUGUGUUAGUAUUGAAAGUGUGUUUAAGAGUUUAAUGUCUAGACCAUUAGAGCAUGAUUACAUUGGGUUUUCAGAGGUUUCUUCAAUGGAAAACUCUGUUUCCAUCCUUUCUUCUAAGCCAAAAUCAUCUAAAAAUGGCUUGAAGACUGAGUUGAGUCUUGGGUUACCAGGUUCUGAGUCACCAGAAAGGAAACCUAGUUAUGGGGUUACUAUUUUUGGUAAGGAUUUUGAUGGAAAAACCCAAAAUGGGUAUUCAAGUGGAUCACUAAAGAACACUUCUUCUGGUGCAAAAAGGGGUUUUUCUGUUGCUAUUGAUGGUUGUGAGAAAUGGGUUUUCUCCAUUAAUGGAGAUUCUGACACUAAUUUGAGUAUAGAUGGUGGUUUGUACUCUCCUAGGGGUGGGCAAGGUGGUAAGAAUUUUACUAGUGUGGGGAAUAACAGUUCUCAGAAAUCGGUUCACCGGAAAGAAUUGACUGUCCCUACUAUUCCUAAACCUGUUCAAGAAAAGCAGAAACAAGAAUCUGCUUCUAAUGAACAUGGUAAUGACCAUGCAGCUAAAGCACAGGUUGUGGGAUGGCCACCAAUUCGAUCUUUUCGUAAGAAUACUCUGGCUUCUACUUCUGUGAAGAACAAUGAGCAGACGGAGGAGAAAUCAACAGCUUCAUGCCUAUAUGUCAAGGUUAGUAUGGAUGGUGCUCCAUACUUGAGGAAGGUUGACCUCCAAACCUAUAGGAAUUAUAUGGAACUGUCUUCUGCGCUGGAGAAGAUGUUCAGCUGCUUUAUAUCAGGUCAGUAUGGUUCCAAAGGCCAGGGAAAGCAAGAUGGAUUGAGCGAGAGUCAAUCAACAGAUCUCCAAAAUGCCGAGUAUGUUCUGACAUACGAAGACAAGGAUGGUGAUUGGAUGCUAGUUGGUGAUGUCCCUUGGAGGAUGUUCACGGAGAACUGCAGGAAACUUCGGAUCAUGAAAGGAUCAGAAGCUAUCGGACUAGCUCCAAAUGCAGCUGAAAAGUUAAAGACUGAAGCCUGAGAAAAGCGAAGACAGCAUCAAAGGUAUUAAAGCAAGGAGGCAUCUAGUGGAACACAAGGAGCCUUCAUGAGGUUUUGAGUUUAGGAGUGUUUUGGUCUUUAUCUAGAUUUGAUGUCUCUAAGAAUGGUGUGUACUAGAAAAAAAAUACAUUAUUGUAGACAUAUUUCAAGGUUUUAUAUUAAAUAUCAGUUUGAGUGUGCAUAGAUUACUACUAUCUUGAGUUUUUUACAUUGAAAAUGGAAAAAAAAGGCACCCAAAGAAUAAAUUCUUAAGU